AUGUCUCAUAAGAAAGCAUUGGAAGCGCUUGAUCGUACACUGCGAGAUUUGAGGGGAAACACACGGAUCUUCGGUGGUGCACUCAUUUUAUUGUCUGGUGAUUUUCCACAAACACUGCCGGUUAUACCACGUUCAACACCCGCUGAUGAACUUAAUGCAUGUCUCAAAUCAUCACUUUUAUGGCGUCAUAUACAGAAAUUGACUCUGAAAACCAACAUGCGUGUACAACUACAACGAAAUACAUCGGCUGGUAAUUUUGCAAAACAAUUAAUGGAUAUUGGAAAUGGGCGAAUGCAAAUUGAUGAUUCUACACAAUGUAUCACCUUGCCAGCAAACUUCUGUAGGAUCACAGAAAGCAUAGCCGAAUUGGUGCAAAAGAAUGGAAUACCCGGCGAAACGACAAUAUAUAAGUCCAUCGAUACUGUGGUGAAUCAAGACGAAGUUGUCAACUAUCCAACUGAAUUCUUGAAUUCGCUUGAUUUGCCAGGCAUGCCACUGCACGUUCUAACAUUGAAAAUUGGCGUACCCAUCAUUCUUCUUCGAAGCAUAAGUCCACCACGACUUUGCAACGGAACCAGACUCUCAGUCAAGAAAAUGAUGAACAAUGUUAUCGAAGCAACAAUUUUGAUUGGAAAAUUCAAAGGCGAAGUCGUACGGUUGCCGCGCAUUCCAAUGAUCCCGACAGAUAUGCCAUUCGAAUUCAAACGUUUGCAGUUCCCGGUGCGACUCGCUUUCGCAAUGACUAUCAACAAAGCACAAGCACAAUCGUUGCAAGUGUGUGGAUUAAAUUUGGAGAAUCCAUGCUUCUCAGCAGCGCUAUGUGGCCUGCUCACGCGUCGGAAAACCUUCCGAUUUAUUCGUUUACGCACCAGAUGGAAAAACAAAAAAUAUUGUGUAUCCCACAGCACUUCAAUAAAUAUCGAAUUGAAACGAAACGCUGCAAUGUCAGAAUUUUUUCAAAAUGAACAAAAUCAAUAA